AUGCUCGAACGUGCUGCCAGCGGCUUGGAGACCGCGGGUCGGCGUUUCUUUCGAGAUCCUAAUGGCGCAAUACGAACCAGAAGGUCUUUAUGCCAUCACUUCUGGAAACACAAUACCUCAGGAAGAGACGCCGCCCACUGGUUUCUAGCCCUCACACAGCCGCCGGGUCAACACUUGUCAUCCGUUCAUAAUCCUCCACCUCGAAGUUCAAGCGCAAACGACAUCGCCUCCCCGUUCCUUGACUUCCUAUAUCCCCAGAAGACCCAGGAAUUUGUGGCCCUUCGGGCAUCUCGUCUGCCCAGGAGACCGGGGUUGCGUCGGAGGAAAAGGACACUCGCCAACCCCCGAAGGACAUAUGCCUCGGAAGCCUCAAGUCUUCAACAAAAACCCGAAUAUGAGCACAAACCACGCGAGCGCUAUUUACAGCAGAAUGUGGCGGAUGCGUGUAUCGAACCCAUGUCGGCAACAGUGGUAAAUUCGACCGCCUCGAGUCUUCAGCAACACCCUCAAGGUGAGCCAAAGGCACACCAGCCGUCUUUUCAGCAGGAUGCGGAUGUGGCAGAUGCGACCAUUCCGAACAGAAGGCCGAUUGAUGACCUUUGGAUGCUUUUGAAUUCACCAGAAAAAGAUCUUUCAUCUGACAGAGUCUGGGUGCUCUACCUCGCAGCUGGGUGCCCCCUGGACGUUCGUGCUUCACUUUGUGCUUUUUUAAGCUUGUCAGAGAGACCGGCCGAUGUGGAGCGGGCGUGGGAUCUUUUCCAACAUCUGUCAUCGGAAGAAUGUACCCAUGACCAUUUCCAAAAGAUCAUCCAUUCCCAGCUUCGUUGCGGAAAACCUGAGAAUCUGGUGAGAAUUUGUGAAAUGGCUGUUGCGAAGGGAAACGCCGGUUUUUGUUUUGCAUUGGCAUUUUCGUACUUCUUAAACCAACGUGACUGGGUCAACGCAGAGAAGAUAUGGGCCUUUCAUUCCCAGUGGAAGUCUUUUGACGGAAAAAGAGAAGGAAAACAAGAGAUUUUAUCAACCGCUUCACUCAACCCGAAACUCCCCGAAUACGCGCUUGCGUUGGCAGUCUAUGUUGAAGAGGAAGCAAGCGAGCUCACUGCUCAAGGAGCUUUCCGCCGAGAAAUCGUGCAAUCACUUUUAACGCGCAUUUCAAAAUCCUCUGAGUUGCUCACAGGUACUUCGAUGAAUAUUCUCAUUCCUCUCAUGGAGGUGUCUGAUGGUUUGAAUAUCAUGAGUCUGCAACAUCAUGUCAACAUCAUGGAAUCCCUCCAGUCAUCAACGAAGCAAUUAGACUUUGCCCGCUCAAUCAUCUUCUACCAAAAAAUGCGGGCCUUCCUUGAUCGCAAUCCAAAACAGCGCCUCCCCAAAAAGUUGUGGAACCGUCAGUUGGAACUUCUUGUCAAAUACGAGUUGACUGACAGUAUCCUGUUUUUCCUUGAUGAAGUUGCUCACUUUCAUGACAAACCAUCCAUGCAGACCUAUAGAGACGUUCUGAAUCUCCUCGGUCGCGCUGGGAAAGUGUCGCAAGUCAAUAUUGUGUUUAAUAAGCUUGUGGCUGACUAUGGCAAGCCAAAAAGCCGCAGGCUGGUGACCCCACUUCUGUAUGCCCACGCAAGUGUUGGGGACGUCCCUGAGACCGUCAAGCAAUUUCGAAGACUGUCAGAGGAGUUUCAUCUCAAGCCAAAUACGGUGUGCUGGAAUAUCCUUGUCACGGCAUAUGCAAACAACGACGAUUCGGAAGGAGCCUUUCUCCAAUUCUCCAAGAUGAUUCGCGCUAAAAUACGACCUGAUUCGCACACAUUUGGCAUCAUGAUGGGAGUAUGCGCAAACAAAGGAGACGUUGGAGGUGUUCGCGCACUGCUCCGCGAGGCAGAAAAGCAACGGGUAACCAUCACAAUGACAAUGCUCAGUACAGUUGCUCAGGCAUACAUCAGCAACGGGCGGUUGGAUUUAGCUGAAAAGCUUGCUAUAACGUGCUUAGAGCUCAAGGUGGAGGGAUCUCCAAUGCGCAUGUGGAACACACUUCUGAUGCAAUACGCAUUCAGGAUUGACCACCACUCCUUCUACCGAGUCUGCUCUCUUAUGCGAGAAGCUGGAUUACGGCCAGACGAGGUAACAUAUGCAGCUGAUCUGCUCCGCCUGGUCUUGGUCAGCCAACCCGACCAGGCGCGUAUGACCCUAAGGCGAAAUCAUAAGCGAGGGGUCUUACAAGCCACUGAGCUUCACUACGCUAUCUUGAUCCUUGGAUAUAUCAAAACCCGACAAUUCACAAUGGUGAAGAUCAUAUUUCGUGAGAUGCUUGAGCGAUUCAAUCAUUCCGGGUUGGAGUCCAGCCUUGUGAACCUCGAGGCAGAAAUGCCUCCCGACUACUGGACGAAGAGAUCGAACCCAAAAGAUGACAAGAUGGCCAAUGCUGAGAAGCGUAUUAAGAAUCUCGAGAUACUGCUUAUCGACUCAAUAUCUCGGUGUGAUACUACUGCGCUCGCAAGCAUGCUCAAUUCAUCCAAAGGCCGAACGGAGUCUUUAGCAAAGGCUUUUGGUUCCUGGCAUUAUGAGUACCUUAUCCGGGAAUAUGGCGCAACCGGUGCCGUAUCCAUGGCCCGUGAGCUGUACCAGCGACAGCUGUCUAGCACGGCACCUGCGAGCUCACAAGGUUCAGGCUUUCUCUCUGCGCCACUCCGCCUUGUGAAUGCUAUGAUGUCUGCACAUCUGAAUGCCGAACAAUACAAAGAAGUGGGAGAGUGUUGGCAACUUGCUUUUUCGAAUGCAAUAAAGACAUCUAGCCAAGUGAAGAUGCAUGAUAUUUUCAAGCCUUCGGCAUCGAUCCCAAAUGCCGUCUCUGGUCCCUCUGGACACGAGCAGACUAAAUCUGUUCCAAAAGAAUCGCCCGGCGAGAAGAACAAUCAAAUCAUCCACUCACGCCGCUUCAUCCUUUCUCGAUCCCUUUCUCUUUUCCUGCGAUCGUUGGCUCACCAGCACAAGCUUGAACGAAUGGUUGAAGUCGUGGCCGAGGUUGAGGCAGCUGGUUUUGAAUUGUCAACCUUCAAUCGGUCCGCCCUUGUGCAGAUGCUUGCGGUUUCCGUUAAAUUUGAUCACAUAGUUGAAGCUUUCCGGAUGUUCGAGGAUUACUUCAUGCCUAACUGGCCUGGAUGGAAUCGACUUAUCCGAGGCCAAUCGCUGAAGCCUUCCGGGACCCCAAGGAGCCUAUCCCUGAUCGAAGACAAACGCACCCCCCUACAGUCUGGCCGUUACCUCGGGAAGGAAGCGGCCAAAUACUGGAAGAAUGUGUCCCCGGAUUACAUGCAGCCCACAUAUAAUGUGAUUGUUUACCUUGCUGCUGCUUGGGAACGCAUUCGGAGCGCAACCAUUGUGAAGGGCAGCCAUGAACUCGAUAAACUUUCUAUUACAGCGCCCAGGACGAUUGAUGCGAUCAUCAAAAUGCCCUAUCUGCGCGACAGGAUCCAGGGUGUUGUUCUUCGACAGCGUGGAGAGCAACCGGACCAUGACAAGGCACCGUUGCCCUCUGCUUUAGGCUCUGCCCCUGGUGGUGUCCUUGGGCCUGGUGGUCGUACUCAACGUGCAACCUUCGUCCACCAAGGCAAGGUGGAUGAGGUUGAAUUGGUCGAAUGGGUCGAGCAGGUCGAUGUGAACGAUAAUGAACGACAUGCUACCAGCAAAUCCACGCAGACAAUAGACAAGCCCAAUCGGAAAACGGGCCUUGUCAAACAAUCUCACGAGCGUGCAGCCUUCAGCAAAGAAGGGUGGGACAAUAUCCUCUCUCCGGCAGAUUUGCUGGACUUGCAAAGCCAAGAUCGCUAUCCAGGCGAAUCUAAGCAAGCAACGAAACCAAGUGUCCCGAAAAAACAACCAUCUAACAGCACCCGAUCGCAGGGCAAACCACUGGAUCUUUUUAACCGGCCGUAG